AUGGGGUCUGAUCAUGGAUUUUUACACCUUGUGCUGUUGAUUACCUCCAUGUUGAUUCUGUCAUCAUCUCAAGGAACAGGGUACAGAUUCAACGCUGGUGGAAAAGAUGGCUGGGUGGUGAAGCCUUCUGAAGAUUAUAGUCACUGGGCUCAGAGGAAUAGGUUUCAAGUCAAUGAUACCAUACAUUUCAAGUAUCAGAAAGGGUCUGAUUCAGUUGUGGUGGUAAAAAGGGAAGAUUAUGAUUCUUGCAACACCAACAAUCCCUUUCACAAGAUGGACGACGGAGAUUCAACAUUUAAAUUCGACAAAUCGGGUCCCUAUUUCUUCAUCAGUGGCAGCAUUGAAAACUGCAAAAAGGGUCAAAAGUUGAUUGUUGUUGUCAUGGCUGUGAGACACAACAAACAUAGUGAGUCACCUUUGCCUGCUACACCACCACCAUCCGUGACCCAUUCUCCGUCUGCACCACCACCAUCCGUGACCCAUUCUCCGGCUGCACCAUCUCCGGCGAAAGCUGAAUCACCUAAGCCUAGCUUGGAUUCUCCGGCGCCAGCUCCAUCCAGCCAUUCGGGUUCUACGAGGUUUAGUAGUUCGGUUGGUGUAGUUAUGGCAGUUAGUGUAGGGGUAGUUUCGUUCUUUAGCACCUUUGCUUAG